AUGAUAAACUUUACCCUGUACAACAACAUGAUGGAUGGCAGUUUAGCUGCUCUAAGCGAUAUGGCAUCUCAAGAUGAAGAUGACGAUAGUGAUGACAACUUCUUGUAUGUUCAACCUGCAGCUUUAAAAGAAACAUCUCUUCCAAGGUUUAAAGAAGAUCCCUCUGAAAUGCGAAUUGCACCUAAGACUGAUGAUUUGGAGCAAGUGGAAUCCACAUACAGCAAUCCUUCUUUUGGUACCGUAAAACAACUGAAGUACUCAUUGGAUUGCAUUGUGCAGACAAACAGCAUUCAGGUAAGACACUUUGUCCCCCUUUUUUUAGUCUUCCCUGUUACCCCUUUAGUGAUCGUGUUUUAUGUUCACCGGUUAUUUAUUACCCACUUAAAAGUUGAUUGGUAA